GGUGUGUCUGGGCCACUCUGGUUAUUCUCCCUUCUCCCCCGGGUGUCCCCACUUUCAGCUCAAUACAACUACAACAAACCUGGUGUUGUGCUCGCACACAGCAGGCCUCAGCGAUCUGUGGGAACGUUUCGUCCUCUGUGCUUCCCACGAUACGCUCCUCCGGCUGGUAGCCCUUACUUGUGGUCUACCCAUAAUCCAGCUGUCUCACUCUUACUCAUGUCCAUUGACGCUACAAAAUCCCCAAUAUCCCAACUGCAUGCUGAGUGAAGGGAAGGAGGGACGAACGAACGAAGCUGUUUAACUUGUAAUUCAUGGGAGUGGGGAUGGAAGGAGAGGCGAAGGGGAACAUGGGGUAUAAAUGCUGGUAUAAGUACCCCACCAGAGUUACCAUACAGCUCAGAUCAACUCGGCACUCCGAGAAAGAAACAUUGUCGUGUCCCAUUGACUGUCCAAAUCAUUGUGACCUUGUGAUUUAAUCAGUGCUAAGUGAUUGAAGUUAAGUUUUGAUUCUUCAUCUGUCAUUUGAUAUCAUGGCACCACAUACAACAACAUAUACUGUUGCUGGAGGUAUGGAGUACGAGGAGCCAGUAUCCCGGACUUAUCAGUAUCGUAAAGUUAUGAAGCCAAUGUUGGAGAGGAAGAGACGUGCUCGUAUCAAUCGUUGUCUUGAUGAGCUGAAGGAUCUGAUGGUGACAGCACUUCAGGCGGAGGGUGAGAAUGUCGCCAAGUUGGAGAAGGCAGAUAUUCUUGAGUUGACUGUACGACAUCUUCAUACGUUGAGAGCUGCAAGGAGAUUGACAUUGACACCUGAGAACAGCUAUGCUGACAGAUUCAGGGAAGGAUUCACUCAGUGUGCUCAGGAAGUGUCAACGUUCCUUCAGACAACACCAGCUGCUGCUGCUGUUCAUCCUGCUGCUGGUGCACAGUUGAUUCGUCAUCUUGGGGGCUGUCUACGUAGGCUGGAGGGAUCCAGUGGUGCUGGGAAUCAUCAAGUGGCAACAAAAGUCCCAGUUAAUAUUUCACAGGGUGUCUAUACACCACCACAGAGCCCUGUCAGUGUUGCAAGCUCGUCGGAGGAGUCCGUUGAAAGCUCUGUCUGGCGUCCUUGGUGAAAUUCUGAUGAUCGUGGAUGAAUUAACACCGCAAUCCGUCGGAUACUCAUAUGUGAAGAAUUAAUAUUCUAAUUAGCAAUUUAAAAACAUUUAUACGACGAAUCAGUUUGUCUUCCAAUUUCAAUGUUUUUUUUCAUUAGAUUUUUAAAAAUCAAAAAUUUUCAUUUGUAACAAUUGAUAGAAUUUUCUUACUGUAUGGGUGAUGAAGCUUUAAGUAAUGUCUGUGAUAGGGAUUUUGUUGCCGUACCUGAGAUCAAUAUUUUCUCAUUAAUGAUUAAUUAUAUUGAAUUGAUUUUGUUAUGUUUAAGAUGAUCUUUAGAUAUAGUUGAUACACCCUUGUUGAUACGAGAGAUGAAUAAGAUUGAGAUGAGAGAGAGUUGAUAAAUGCACAAUUGAUUAUUGAAUAAACGAAUAAUUUUUUCAAUUUUAA